AACACUCAGCUCCCUGAGUGCACGUCGAAUGGCAGUUAUGGGGGAGUCGGUGGAGGUUACUCAGCAGCCAUUGCAACAGCUUUACCCUGGGCUUAACGACAGUCAGCGACGCAGGGAUGGCAAGAGGCCAGGGGGUGGAGUUAGGAAGCUCCGGUUUUGUCAGUGAGCGCGUGACUAAGGGAGUGAAAGGCGCGUCAGUGACCCACUCCGUGGGACAACAGUGACACCGGGGGUCAGGGUUGUUGCCCUGCAGCCUGUCCUGCUGCUUAUAAGUCACUACGGAACCUCCGCGUGGCCAGAGCUACUGUGAUGCCGCCGCCGGGGCAAGGCCCUGUUCCGGGAUGGCGGAGUGCUGGGGCGCCCCGCGGGCACCCGCGGGCCUGGGCCUCGCCGGCGCUACGCUGCGGGGCGUGCGUGGAGCCCACACUGGCGAGACCGAAUCCAGGUGGCUGAGUGGACGCGCGUCGAAAGCUCGGAGCCGCCCUCGUCUGCGGGAAGAGAGAGGUCUCGGUGGGCCCUGGGCGGGGCCAGUAUGAUUUGACGUCGCGAACAUGGACUUUUCUCGGCUCCACAUGUACACGCCGCCGCAGUGUGUGCCCGAGAACACUGGCUACACAUACGCACUCAGUUCAAGCUAUUCUUCCGAUGCUCUGGACUUCGAGACUGAGCACAAGUUGGAUCCCGUGUUUGAUUCUCCAAGAAUGUCCCGCCGUAGUUUGCGCCUGGUCACCACAGCGUACACCACCGAUGGUGGCCAGGCUGGGGACAUUCACUCCUGCGACAGCAGCAUGGCCUCCCUGAAGGACAGAGCGGCCAGAGCAGCAAAGCAGCGCAGAGGCGCAGGGAAGCUGGCCUGGAGCGUGAACCACACGUCCGGAAAGGUCGCGGCUGGCCUGCAAGGUGCCGCUGGUCUGCGGCCUCCCGUGCUAGAUGCGUCCCUGAUCCGCGAGCAGACCAGAGUGGACCACUUCUGGGGUCUUGACGAUGACGGAGAUGUGAAAGGUGGAAGUAAGGCUGUCACUCAGGGAAAUGGCGACGUGGCGGCGGACGCGGCCAGGAGCAACGGCUACACCUGCAGUGACUGCAGCCUGCUGUCCGAGCGCAGGAACACGCUCACCGCGUGCUCUGCCUCCCAGGGGACAGUGUCGCGGAUCUACUCGAGGGACAGGAACCAAAAACGCGGCGCGUCUUUCUACACGGAUAGGAUUUUGUGGCUGGCCAAGUACGUUUCGUCAUCUCUUUCAUCAUUGUUAGUUCAACUUUUUCAAGUGGUUUUAAUGAAGCUCAAUCGCGAAUCAGAAAAUUACAAAUUGAAAAGUUACGAAUCAAAAGAUCGUGAAUCAGAAAGCUAUAACUCAAAAAGCCGUGAAUCAAAAGCUCGGCCUGGCGACAGAGGGAGGAUGGACGUGAAAGGCGUCCUCGGAGAGGACGGCCACCUCAGGGAGAAUGGGGAGUCGUCGUGCGAUGACUGUAAGGGGAAGCAGCGCCUUGAGACACAGCCAGCCAGCCACUGGCAGUCUUCCGGGCCAUGGAGCGUGGCAGGGACCGUUGGGCACACCUUUUCUCAAGCAGGUCGCUUCUUGACGCAGACCCUGCAGAGGACCCGAGCGGCAGGGUGGUUUGUGUCGGAGACGGUGUUGUCGGUUCUUUGGUUGGCCAUGGUGGCUCCAGGGAAGGCAGCCUCUGGAAUAUUCUGGUGGCUGGGGAGUGGCUGGUACCAGUUUGUUACUUUGAUUUCUUGGCUGAAUGUGUUUCUUCUUACAAGGUGCCUUCGAAAUAUUUGCAAGCUUUUAAUCUUGCUCAUUCCACUGCUGCUUUUACUGGGUGCAGGCCUUUCACUCUGGGGCCAGGGCGGUCCCCUGUCGUUCCUGCCCGCGGUGAACUGGACACACGUGUACAGAGCGCAGAGGGCGGACGGCCCCGGGAGCACCUUCUCGCCUGACGGUCCCCGCCCGAGCCCACCCCUCGAGGCUGGUGAUGGGACCGUUGGCUGGCGUCGGAUGGGUGAAGUGGAAAGGUGGAUGACGUCUUUGUCUGGACAGUGCCAGAGCCACGAUGAGCGGCUCAGAGACUUGACAGCCUCGCUUCAGAAGCUGCAGAUGCGCGUGGACCAGAUGGACGGCGGCAGGGAGGGGGUGUCGUCCUUGGUGAGCCACGUGGUGAGCCAGCGUUUGAAGGAGAUGAGUGCCGACGGACUCUUGGGCCCCAAGGCUGACCACGUGACCGCCCACCAAGACCAUGGCGCACGCAUCGCAAACCUGGAAGAUGUUCUCGGAAAACUGACAGAAAAGUCUGAGGUCAUCCAGAAGGAGCUAGAACAGACCAAGCAAAGGACAAUGAGCGGGCUCGAGGAAGAGCAGCGCCUCCUGUCGGUGGUGAAGCAGCUGCAGCUGGAGCUGAGUCUCCUGAAAUCAGAGCUGUCGCAGGGGCAGCAUGUGACCCCCAGCUGCGAGCAGGGGGAUGCCAUCCACGAAAAGGUGGACGCCCGGGUCAGGGAGACGCUCGGGCUCCUGGUGUCGGACGGGCAGUGGGCCGGCGUGCUGGAAGGGCUGCUCCAGAAGCUGUCUUCGCAGUUUGUCGGCAAGGACGACUUACAGGUGUUGUUACGAGACUUGGAGCUGCGGAUACUGAAGGAGGUGACCCACCGUGUUUCCGUGACAAAGCAGAUCCCCACGUCUGAAACGAUCAUGUCUGCUGUGAACGACGCCGGGGUUUCUGGAAUAACAGAAGCGCAAGCGCACGUCAUUGUGAACAAUGCAUUGAAGCUCUAUUCCCAGGACAAGACCGGCAUGGUGGACUUUGCUCUGGAGUCCGGCGGCGGCAGCGUCCUGAGCACCCGCUGCUCCGAGACCUACGAGACCAGGACCGCGCUCGUCAGCCUGUUCGGGGUGCCGCUCUGGUACUUCUCCCAGUCGCCCCGCGUCGUGAUCCAGCCUGACAUGUACCCGGGGAAUUGCUGGGCGUUCAGAGGCUCCCAGGGGUACCUGGUGGUGAGGCUGUCCAUGAAGAUCCACCCAACCAGCUUCGCCCUGGAGCACAUCCCAAAGGCACUGUCGCCCACCGGCAACAUCAGCAGCGCCCCCAAGGACUUCGCGGUCUACGGACUGGAAAAUGAAUACGAGGAAGAAGGGGAGCUGCUGGGCCAGUUUGUGUACGAUCAGGAAGGGGAGUCGCUCCAGAUGUUCCAUGCUCCGAAAAGACCCGAACGAGCUUUCCAAAUCGUGGAGCUUCGGGUUCUGUCCAACUGGGGCCAUCCCGAGUACACGUGUCUCUACCGGUUCAGAGUCCACGGGGAGCCUAUCAAGUAGGCCUCUCCUCGCUCCUCUUGUACAUUCUGUAUAUACUGGGACAGCCCGAAACACUGGAUCCUCCCUGAACGAGGCGUAGGACGGACAGCAUGACGUCGUCUGUUAAAUAAACGUUACUGACCGCCAGCAGCAGGACUGGGGAUUGAAGCGGCGACGCCGUGCGCCCAGCUGGCCGUUGUGUCCGCGGGAAACACUGCAUGUUGAGUGCUCGGGUUUACGGGGGCCGCUGGCAGCGGUGGCUUCGGAAAUGCAUUUGAAUGUAUGGUUCGCAAAGACACUUAACUUCGUUUUGGGGAUUUGUUUUUAAACAUAAAGCUCUUUAUACCUGUCUUUCCUUGACGUCAGGAGCAAAGCAAAUGAAGUUGAAAGGUUUGAAGUGUUCUCGAAACUUUCACCGGCCCUUUUAAAGGACUUUGAGGGGGUCGGGGGCGGGGGUUACCUUUUCAGUCCAGCAUACGUAUCUUUCAGGGAGAAACAAUGUCACCAAGUUUCAGGGUUCCAAGCUCCUUUCCUUUAGGGUGGGGGUUUUCUUUUAUUCAGUACCACUAGUUAUUUUAAGUUGCCAGGUGGGGAAACGCCUAAAAUGUGUUCUUCUGCUCAGUUUGCUCUACUUCUGAGAAAGAUUUGCAAGGUCAGGGCUCAGCGUGCCGCUCUCCAUGCGGGACCACGGGGGAGUUCGGUUUCGUUUCAUUGCGGGUUGCAGUGGUUCUGACUGGAAGGGGGACAGUCCGGAUCCAGACCCCGAGAAAGAGCUCUCAGGUCCGCCAGGCUCAUCCCGUUGGGAUCGCCCCGGAGUGUCCACUUCACAGCUCGAGUGGGAACUGAGGAAUCCAACGGUUGGGUGUUUUCAGGUUGUCUUUUGAAUUUGGCUGAAAAGCGAACACUAACGUGCUCCGGAUCUCUCAGAGGCUCAUGUUUUGAAUCCACUGAUGCGCUUAUCAAAGGGGGACUGGUCAGUGCGGCGAAUUCAUAGAACCGUUAGGUCUCGUGACCAUGACUUUCCUCACAGUGGCACUUUCUACUGGCUCUGGUGGGGAUUUGCCUCUUAGGACGACCGUCAACCAUUCUCCCUCAAGUCCUGCGAGUCUCAUUUAGGUUAUAAUUAAUAUUUCAUACUGAGACUGUUAUACUGAGCAGACUUUAUAAAUGAGAUGUCCACAAGGCACUUAAAGUGUUACAGAUGUUUUACCUUAAAAUUAUUUAAGUUUUAUUGGGUUAAGACAGUUUCUUGGUGUACCAUAAAUCCUGUAUUUUUCAGAAAAAAAGAUAAAAUGAUGGUGCUGACUGGUUUUCUGAAGAGUUUUAUGUAAAUUGCACAACAGUCCUCAAACAUACAAAAACUACAUAACAGAAAGUAGCAUUUUUUCACUUACAAUCAGAACUAAUGCCUAUGCAGUUAAGUUGGAUACAAUGUACACAGAUGUUUCAUAUAUUACGGGAUAAAUAUAUAAAUCAAAAUUUCCUAUAUUAAACAGUUGGGGAGUUGGGGUGGAAAUAUUUUGAAUAUUAAUUUAUUUUUAAAGAUGCAAGAUAGGACUUUGUGCAAUGUAUUUUUGUAAAUGCUUUUCAAAAUAUUUGUCUUUGGUAGUCUUUCUUUUGCUGCCACCAAAUUGAUAAGAUGCUAUUGAAAUGUUUAAAUAAAGAGUUUUAAUUUUUAAAAGUGCAUGUGAAAUUUCAAAUGGAUAAUAAACAGUAUAUUUCUUUUCUCAAA